UUUAAGUAACAAAACAUGAGUAUAAUUGAAUGGAUUUUAACUUACACCAAGUACGAUGUCUGGAAACCACUGUCCCACAACAACAGCCGGCAUCAAGCGUCGUGUGGUGAGUUCCAUUUGAAUGAAUGUACAAUCUCGCUGACCAGACUCGACCGACGACGACGAUCCCCUCAAAAAGAUUUGCAGCGUGUGAGCGAGCAGACGUGCGAAACAAACAGCCAAAUUAUGCAGAUUGAGUGGAUCAUCGUGUUAACGAGCCUAAUAGCUGCGGCAUCUGCGGGCUGGAGGCUUCAGACGGUCGAUGACCUUCUGCGCAAUCGUAACAAAUGCAUCAAGAUUCUGAACAUGCAGGAUGAUCUACAGGAAGAAUUCGGCCUGUUCGACUUCCCCGACCAGGACUCGGCCAAGUGUGUCAUCAAGUGCAUCAUGAACAGGAUGGGACUGUUCAACGACAAGCGCGGUCCGCACGUAGGUCGUCUCGUAAGGCAGAUGAAGUUCGCGUCGGUGUCUUCCACCAAGGAAAUUCGCGGUGAAAUCCUCAACUGUGCCUACCAAGACAUGGAAAUGGAUCCCGAGGAUGUUUGCGAGCGGGCCUAUGCGCUGUAUCAGUGCAUCCAGAACAGUAACCUUCUGCUUAUGAAGUCACCCGGAUCGAUAAACACUUGAAAGAUGCCGCCGCUGAACGGCGUGCCUCGGAA